AUGUUACACAUUUGGUGUUGCAGCAUCAAAAUUUCGCUCACGGAUGCUGCCACUGUUAAAGCCAAUGAUUAUUAUGACUUCACGGGAACUGAUUCCUAUGAUAAUCAAAAUUUUUCCAAAAUUUGGAAACAAAAUAUUAUCGAAGAUCCUCAUAGUCCCUCUUUUACUAUUAAUAAAGAGAUCAAUUUGAACUCAAAUAUCGAUGUAGAUGGAAACACUGCCAUUAUUACAUCCAAACGCAAGAGACACAAGCUAUCGUGCCCGGCGGCAUGCCACUGUUUCACGCUGAACAACGCAUAUACAGUUAACUGCGAAACCAAAAAUAUGCUUGGCAUCCCGGAAAGUUUAGAUUUAUCGACAAAAAUAUUGCGCCUUAAUGGUAAUCCUGGCAUUCGAAUAUUGCAAGACAAGGUAUUUUUUGAGAGAGGAUCGACGAGUAUUCAAAAUUUGGUGCUGUCUCAUUGUUCUAUCCACUUUAUAGGCACCGAAGCAUUUUACGGGUUACGAUUCUUAAAAUCUUUGGAUUUAUCUCAUAAUUCGCUUACAACUAUUCCCUCGGAGGCCUUCAUUCAUACACCUUUCCUUAAAACCCUUAUUUUAUCGCACAAUCUAAUUCGAGUGAUCAGGAAAAAUGCUUUAUUCGCUUGUUCUAGAUUGCAAGUUUUAGAAUUAAACAAAUGCGGGAUCAAAAAAAUUGAAAAAGGUGCGUUUGAUGGUUUGUACCAGUUGCAAAGCUUAAAAAUUCAUUCUAAUCUACUAACCGUAUUAACACCUGAUGUAUUUGAUCCUCUGAUACAAUUGAUCUACUUAGAUGCCUCAUCCAAUCCUUGGAUAUGCGAUUGUAGAAUGAGAGAAUUUAAAAUUUGGAGCUCUUUGCAUAAAAAUCGAGCCUUUUCCAUGAAUAACGAAAAUCACAACGUAAAAAAGCAUUUCGAUGGAGAUAUAAACCUUUUAAAGCCUAUCACAUCUUUGAAAAAUACCAAAUGUUGCGUUUACCCCCCACAACUGCAUAAUACCACGUGGGAAUCAUUACACCCUUAUGACUUCAAGUGUGGACCAUAUAUUUUAAACGAAUGGAAAGGUGACAUAAAAAAUUUUCAUAAAAAGGCAUCUUUGAUAUGGAAAGUACUGAAUGAUUAUAACCAGCAAGAUGACAAAAUUAAUGGCAUUUUAAGAUCACUAAAAGAUCCUUUAACUUCUAUAACAAAUGAUUCAAGGGAAGAAUUCUUGAAAGGCCCACCUCAAAGGUUUGAGUAUCCAGUUAAAAGUUCAAAUAUUUGCUCUAAAAACUCUCCAAAUUAUUACAACGAGGUCCAUUUAAAAUGCCUGUUCAUAGGCGAUCCUAUACCCAUAAUAACAUGGACGUUCGUACGUAAUUCAAAAUUGAUAAAAAUUAGAAACUCCAUUCUUCCAGAUGCUAAUUCUAAAUUUAAUAUAAAUAAUACUGUGCGUAUAAUAGAACCAUUAUUCGACAUUGUGGAGAAUAACCAAAAUACCUAUCACUACAAAAACGUCGAGAAGAUCGAUACCUCCUAUUUUUCUAACCAUAUUUUUCCUUCAAAAAUUAGAUCCUCCCUUUUAAACAUUUCGUCAAAUAAUUUCAAAAACAGUGAUUACGUAUUAUUGAAACAUCCGGAAUCUGAUAUUCAUAACAUGGAGAGUUUUGCCAAAAACAAUUCUAAAAUUUUGGAAGUGGAGAAACUGCUAUCCUCCUAUGCCAAUUUACACCACGUUAUUAUCAGUCAACUAACUAUAUCUUGCUACGAUCCGCAAACAGAUAAUGGCAUCUACACUUGUUCUCCUAAUGCGCACGCACUAUCAAAUGAUAGCUCAAUUCAUGAUAAGUAUUAUUAUAGAUCCAUAAAAAGAUACGUCCUAUAUAGAAAUGGGACUAUCACGGAAUAUAAGGGAUCGGAGAUGUUCGCCAAUGGUUAUCCGGUUAAUUACUCUGUAUUGUUAUUAUCAUCACCCAACUAUAAUGUUGAUCUCACAAAUAUUCGGGUUUUCACUAAAAGUGUUAAAAAUAUCAAGAUACCUCGAGAAGAAGAUGAUAGAAAAUACGUGAGUAAUGUCCAGAAAACUUUAACUUAUUUACCCGAAAAAGCAACGGAAACAAAUAAACUCACAUCGUUGGUGUCAAUUUACUUACUUAUCAUCAUAGGUAUUUGCUGUGUAUCUCUUGUCCUGUUGUCUGUAUUAAUUUGUUGUUUGAAAUAUCACAAGCGCUAUUGGAAAUGUAUUAGUAAUGAUAAGCAUCGUGCCAAAAAGGGUAUCAAAUCGGUAAAAAUUGAUAAAGGAAAGAGUAAGCAAACAUAUGAUUCGUCGAUUGUUGCCAACAACCAUACACUUAACACAUUAAACUCUUAUCAUAAUCGCGAUACUCUAGAUCGUUCAGCUAAAUCACAUGGUGUUGUAAAAAUGCCAAAACUAGCUUCGAUAAACAAAAAUUAUCAAAAUGGCAAUUUGGCCAACACAAAUAGUAACGGCUCCGUAAAAUACUCUUUGAAUAACAAAAAUAACAUCUCAAAGUGUGAUUUGAGCCAAAUCGAUGUUAUUAAAAACCAUAAUAUUUUCGAUAAAUUUAUAAAAGGUAAACACAUUUUUUUCAGUAAGGUGGGUCUUAAACACGUGAUAGUCAACUCCUUUAUAAAAGCAUCAAGAGAAAAAUCUUAUCCCACCGAUAAAAUUCCUAAUCUUAGAUAUAUCAAUCAUUCUAUAAAGGAAUCUGCGAUGAAUGAGAAAAAAUAUUGCAACGGACACAUCAAUAAUAUAAGUAAUGGUCAAAUCGAACAUUUAGAUGGCAAAUUAUGUAAAAGCGAUUAUGAAUCUGUGAGGCAAGUAGAAGAUUUGGAAAAAUUAAAUCAUCACGAAACAUGUUGUGCUAAUGACGGGAGUAGUGUUAUUUCAUCGACAUCCCCGUUACAUGAUCCCGUAACUGUCAACUCUCAAUAUCACUUAAAGUAUAAUAAAAAUAAUUUAAAUCGAGUUGGAAUGAAUUAUUGUAAUAGGGAAACAUUUGGAGAUCAAUACUUAUGGGCUAGGAAAGAAGCACAAACACAUCAAGAAAUACCAAAAUUUAAUUAUAUAACUAAGAAUGAUCAUGACCGAAUAAAACCACCCUUUUAUAUGAAAUCUUCAUCUUCUUUUGCCACCACACAUAUGACAAAUUUAGAGGAAGACUAUUUAUCUCAUGGUUCACCUAUCAAUAUUACGCAAAGAUCAACUAAUAUGAUAAAUGAUAGUAGCCACGAAAAUAUGUUCAACAUCGAAACUAAUCGUAACGUAUACAUAAAUUCUGAUAAUUCAACAACAGAGCCUCGUCAUCAGGCAACAAACACACCCUCAUCUUACGCAUUUGAAGAUUUUAAUUAUAAUAGUGAUUCAGGCUUUAAUAAAUACAAUAAUAAUUAUUUAUCAACAUCUCCUCUUGAAGUUUAUAGUUACGGUAAUGCGAAUAUCGAGGAUAUUAAAAAUGAAGGUAAUCAAACUAUAUUCAACGACGUAUAUCGGCAAUAUUCUACUAGAAACAAAUAUGUACCUGUAUCCCCUAAAAUUAUUUUACCUGAUAAAACUACUAUUGUUUAA